ACAUGCUCUUAGAUAGGUACUCUCUAGAUAACGGUACUUGUAAUCUUUCCGGCUACAGACAGACGACAUCAACACUUAUAUUUAGCUGCAUUAACAUUUUAAAAUAUGUUAUUGAUUUGAUAUGAAUACGAUGUGCAUGUGCGCUCAGUGCAUCUCGUACGUUAUUAUUGAUUUGUUACUUACAUAUUUACAGUAUUUGCCUAUGAUUAAAAACUUGUAUGACUUACUUAUAAACAAACAGUAAUAGUUUUAAUAAUAUAAUAAACAAUAGGAUAUUUGACUACUAGUCAAAUCGGUUUCUUUUUCCGAACUGUCAAAACACUUUUGCUACAAUGGAAUUUAUAUGAAACACUAGCAUGUGAUGUCAUAAUCAAAUUACCUACUCCUUAUAGUUUUAUGCGGGUUUAAAAAUAGGAAUUGUGUCUAAAAAUAACUGCUGUCCACGUUUUUCUCCACGUAAUCUAUUGGUGCUUUAUUUCAUGGUGUAAAAUAAUUUAUUUUAAAUACAGUCAAAUACCCUAUUAGGUAUUUAGGUUAUUUAGAAAAUGUACGUUUCAUAUGUGAAUUAGUAAUUAAACAGUAAAGAAAUACCACUGUAUAUAUCUUGCUUGUAAAUAAAUUUAAUUUCCUAUCUAAAAAAACAGUAGUAAAAAUUUUACAGCAUUAUAUUUGUGAUCUAUUAAACAAAUCGACUGUAAUAAAUGUUUGGAUAAUUUACAUAAAGUCUAAUAAAAAAAAGCAAAUAUACAUGUGAAUGAUAUAUUAUGCAUACUCGUUUUAAGCUACCUACUCGAAACUCGAAUAUACUACACUGUGCACUGACCGGCCAUUAUCUCCAUAUUUGAUACACGGACGGUAUCGGAGGUCAAUUCGAACGUACAUUUAUUUAUUUAAAUGAAAAUUAGUUAUCAUUAUAUAUCAUUAAAAUAGCGUUGGUGGCCUAGCGGUAGGAGCGUACGACUUUAAAUCCGGAGGUCGCGGGUUCAAACCGCGGCUCGUACCAAUGAAACUGAACUUAUGUACGAAAUGUCAUUUGAUAUUUACCAGUUGCUUUUCGGUGACGGAAAACAUCGUGACGAAACCGGACUAAUCCCAAUAAGGUCUAGUUUCCCCGCUGGGUUGGAAGGUCAGAUGACAGUCGCUUUCGUAAAAACUAGAGCCUUGGGAUUGGUUGUCAAGCGGACCCCAGGCUCCUAUGAGCCGUGGCAAAAUGCCGGCAUAACGCGAGGAAGAAGAAAGAAAGAGAAAAUUAGUUAUCAUUCAUGCGCGCAUUUCGCUCGUAUCUGACGCGAGGGAGACGCACGGCCGAAUGAUAACAGAGUGACAUCUUUUUGAUGUCAAAAUGUACGUUCGAAUUGGCCUUUCGGUCGGUUUCUCUCAUUCUUAUUGUGCUCUGCGAUAAUGAAGCUAGGUUUAUUUUAUGUAAUAAUAUAUUAUUUAUUUCAUAAAAAAUAAAGAUAAUGGCAGAGUGUUUGAAAACGAAAUUGGCAGUGAUUUUAUUAAUUGUGAUGACUCUCGGGGUAAGGGGUGAAAGCAAUGUGAAGCCAAAUAUAGUUUAUAUACUUGCAGAUGAUUUGGGCUGGGACGACGUGAGUUUCCACGGCUCGGAGCAGGUGCGCACGCCGAACAUAGACCUGUUGGCGCGCUCCGGCGUCGCCCUCCAGCGCUUCUACUCGCACUGCCUGUGCACGCCCUCGCGAUCGGCGCUGCUUACUGGAAAACAUGCCUAUACUUUGGGCAUGCAAGGUUAUCCUCUCGUGCAGAGUGAGGACAGAUUUCUACCGCUAAACGAGAAGAUUUUACCACAAUAUCUGAAGGAGUUGGGUUAUUCAACGCAUUUGGUGGGAAAGUGGCAUGUGGGUAUGUGUCGGUCAGCGGCUCUGCCCACAGCGCGUGGCUUCGACACACACUUCGGGCACCGGGGCGGGUAUAUUGAUUACUAUGAGUACACGAUUGAGGAGUCGUGGAGCUCUGGGACCGUGUCCGGCUACGACUUGUACAGGAAUGAGACCCCCGCGUGGGACUCGACGGGCUAUGUCACCGACCUGUACACCCGGGAGGCUACAUCAAUUAUCGAAGCUCACGACCCGUCGUCGCUGCUGUUCCUGAUGGUGGCGCACAACGCGCCCCACGGCGGCAACGACGGCGCCAUCUUGCAGGCGCCGCCGGACGAGGUGCGCCGCAUGCGCCAUAUCGAGUCACAACAGCGGCGCAUACUGGCAGCUAUGGUUAAAAAACUGGAUGACAGCGUAGGCGAUAUAGUAAAAUCACUUUCCGAUAAAGGGAUAUUAAACAACACCAUCAUAGUGUUCACAUCGGACAACGGUGGCAUGACGUCGGGGAACUCCCUGAAUUAUGGAUCUAAUUGGCCGCUGAGAGGGAUUAAAAUGUCUCCAUUCGAAGGCGCCGUGAGGGUAACCGGACUUUUGUGGAAGGCAAACUUAAAUCCGGUGAGCCGGGCUUGGAAUGGGUAUAUGCAUAUUUCAGACUGGCUCCCGACUUUGCUCCACGCAGUGGGUGCCGACCCUCCGCCAGGUAUAGACGGGUUUAAUCAAUGGGACAACAUUAUUACAAAUGCGACAUCCAAGCGUAAUGAAAUAGUUGAAAUCGAUGACUACCAAGGUUUCUAUAUGAUUAUAUCGGCAGAGUACAAAUUAAUAACAGGGAGUGUGAUAAAAGAAUACAGUAAUUAUCAGGGCCACGAUCUUAGGGGGAUUAUUGGCAGCCCCAGCCCUCCCUCAUACGUUGAUGUUGUAAAAAAGAGCACUAUGUAUUCUGUUCUUCGCAAUUCUGGUCUGGAAGUGAAUAUGGCCGAUGAUGAAAUGAGGAAGAGAUACAAAUACAAAAUUGAUUGUUUGAAAAGAAGCGAAGAACGAGAUGUGUCAUUAUGUUACCCUGAAAAUGGAACCGUCUGUCUUUACAAUAUCAUUGAAGAUCCUUGCGAAACGAAGGACAUCUCAAAACUAUAUCCAGACAUCGUGCAGAAACUGCUUCAGAAAUUGGAAACCGAGAAGAAUAGAACAAUACCUAGGAUCCUGCCCUUGGUGCGAGACCCUAGGUCUCACCCGAACCAGUUUAACUAUGCCUGGUCGACUUGGGCAGAACAUAUUAAAUAAAUCAAGUCAGAAUUAUUGGAGGUGGUAUAUGUGAUGUGUAUGUGUUUGAGGAUCAGUAGGAAGUAGGAACUUAGUUAUUACGACACAUGUGA